UGGUAGCACAUUUCAAAACUCAACUCGGCUCAAACAACAUCAACAACACCUGCUAUUUUGUUUGUGACUCUCAAUUUGUGAAUCCUUCUCAAACCAGCUUCAUAGGACUGUAAAGUUUAUAAGCUCUAAUUGUAAGACUUUCGGCGCCUUCGUUUAUCAACGUGUUUCAGUUUAAGGACAAAUUAACUACUGGGUGAAAACGUAAUGCAGACUCAAAACUGGAUUAAUAAAUAAAAUUAAAGUCAAAUUGUUGGUGUGAAAUUUUAUGUGGAUAGAUUGGACUGGUACUAACGUAUAGAUAGAACUGUGUUUCUACGCUGGACUUGCAAUGGUUGUUUGACUGAUUUGUUGAAAACUUCAUUAUCUUCAAUCGCAGGUUCGAGACAUCAGAGACUGCAAGAUGAGAUCUCCUGUGAAGGCACUCUCCACACUACUAGUAUGUAGCGUUUGGAUGAUAAGUCUCAGCUCAGCUCUGCCCAGGCCGACAAGGGUGUCAUCCGAAGAGGACCUCAUUAUCACCCCCACCCCCACCCACACACCCCCUUCAGCAAGGCCGCUCCAACAGACUGGCCUAGCGGUAGUCGGUGUGCAAGAAGGUCGCGGAGGAAGAUCGAUUAUCAGCGAUGUAUUCGACUCGCUACCGAUUUUCCCCAUGAAAGUGCCCGACCUCUUCACCGGCGUGUUCGGAUUGGUCAACCAGUACUUCGCGCCGACCAAUGGCAGAUCAGCAGGCGUCAGGCGCCGGAGGAAGAAGAAGAUGCCCGUUCUGACAACCACCGAGGAACCGCGACGCCAAAUGACUCACGACGAAUACCACUCACUCUUCCAGCAAUUCCUCAGGAAGAAGGACGAAUGGGAUUUGCUUUUGCACAACAAGAAGAAGAAGAAGAAGGGCAAGAAGAAGUACGACGAUAUUCUGGGCAAGAUUGUUGGACAUUUGGCUAUGGCUGAGUUGGAAUGUUAGUGAAGUGCAACAGGAUUUUGAAAAAAGAUCAAUAUGAAUUUAAACAAAUCAUUCAAUCGAUAAUUUUGAGGACUUGUUGAAAUUUAAAAGGUUGGAAAACUGGACCAAAGUUUCACAAAAAAUGAACCAAUUGAUAAUUUGUGAAGAAUCGUUUAAAUUUGAAAUGAAGAAAAAGUGGGACGAUGUCUUUUGACACAAAAAACGUUUUUUUUUAAGAGAACUUGAAUUAACGAAAUGAUACUGAAUAGAAGCUUGGGUAUAUGUGGGAGGAGAUAAGAAAGUAUUAGUUCACAUCUGAAGUCUGUUUUAUGGAUGAAUUUGUAAAAUUCUGUCAUACAUUCAAUAUAUCCACCUAUUUAACGUAUGAAUUUAUUACAUGGCUAUAGUAAGUAGGCCUGUUUUAGUAGAGCACAAAACUAGGUUCACACUGUGAGAACCUUUUGUGUUACAAUAAUUAUUUCAAGUUCCAAUGAAACAGGCUCCUGGUCAAUACAUUCAAUAUUAAUGUGAAUCAAUGUAUCAUUUCUUCAUUAAUACAGAGUGGGGCAGAGCCGAUUGACGAGUUUGGGAGGUUUGAACCGUUCAACUUGGAGAAAAAUCUUUAAUGGAUUCAACUCAGUUUGAAAUGUAGUUUUUAUUGUUAAUUUUUGAAAAUUAUAUCAGUUAAAUGGCGGCCAUCAGCAGCAAUACACUGAUGUAGCGUAUUUUUGAAGUUUUAAAACGCAUUUUGGCACACUGCAAUAUUGUAGGGCCUGGAUCCAUAAGUUCUUCCAAGGUGUGUGGGCAAUGUUUGAAAACUUUAUUUCUGAGGUAACCCCAUAGGAAAAAAUCGCAUAUGCUUAAAUCGAGUGAGCGUGCCGGCCACCUCAAGUCCACCUCAAGCCGCCCUGGGAACAUUUGUCUCAACACUUUCAUUGAAAUGCGCCCAGUCUGGGUUGUAGCUUUAUCCUGCUAAAAUCAUAUUUCUCCCAAGUCAUGUCAUGUUCCCCAGCAAGUUUCUACAAGUUAGGGCGCGGAAACUUUUGUAACAUUGUCGCAUAACGCUGGGAGGUGACAUUGACGGUGAUGUUGCCAUUCUCAAAUAACUAUGGCCAGCACGCUCACCCCAUUUAAGCAUAUGCGAUCCUUUUCUAUGGGGUUACCUCAAAAAUAAAGUUUUCCAACAUCGCCCAAACACCUUGGAAAGAACUGAAGAAACAAAUCAGAGAGGAGAUCCAGGCCUUACCAAUCGCAGUGUGCCAAAAUGCGUUUUAAAACGUCAAAAAUACGCUGCAUAUGCCGCGUGUAUUGCUGCUGAUGGCCGCCAUUUAACUGAUAUAAUUUUCAAAAAAUGUCAGUUAAAACUACAUUUCAAACUGAAUUGAAGCCAUUAAAGUUUUUUUUCUACGUUGAAAGGUUCAUUACUUAUAAACCUUCCUAACUCGUCAAUCGGCUUUGCCUCAUCCUGUACUAAAGAUACCGUACUCUAUAUUUGUGACAGUGACAAUAAAAAUGAGAGAUUUCGAUAUUUCAGUAAAGCAUGAUGUUGAAAUUGAAUAUUUGAUAUUUUCAUUUAAUUCUAUUCCAUUUUGAUUGUAUUCUAUCUCAUACAAUCAUAAAUUAAAGAGAUUAUUGUGUUGAAUAUUGUAGAAAUGAUUGGAAUAUUUUUUAUAACGAUGUAUUUCUCAAACCAAAUAAUUUGCAUCAACAAUAUUGAAAAUCGUUAUGGUUGGGCAAUGAGUAAUUUUGAUAGUCUAUUAUUUAUUGUGAGGAGUAAGUUAUUAAUUCAAAUAUUAUUUAUUGUUGACUCUAUUAACUAGUUAUAGUUAUUUAUUUAUGAUAAGGUAAUUUCAAUGAAUUACUUAGGAAGUAUGAUUUUUUCAUAUGUAUAUUAUAUGGUUCAAAGCAAUAAG